AUGGCUGGCCUCGAGCAGAUCGAGGUGCAUUCCAGGAACUACCUGGUGCGCUGGGUCAAUGUCAAACAAGAGCAUACUAUCUCCUGGACGGUUCAACCUCACAAGAAAUCCAUCAAUCUCGGCCUAUUCAAGCACCCCGGACCGCUCUCGAACCUGCAUUCCGCUUCCUCUACCUCCUUAGCACCUCCUUCUCCCGUCAAUGCACCAGUCGAUGAGGACAAAGAUAAAUCAGAAACGCAGUCCACCGCAAUCGAGAAGCUGACGAGCAUUGGGUUGAAAGUGGUGCGAUGGAUAGGCAAAUGUGAAGCCGACAAGGUGUCGCAAGGAAAACACGAUGUCCGUCUCGGUGAGGGAGGGAACUAUGCCUUGGUCUUCGACAACACAUUCUCCAAGAACAUCUCUAAGACGGCGACAACCUUCCUCCUCACCUAUCCCACUGUGUGUCAAUCGCAGAUUCAGUUCGGGGCGCAAUUGCACCACCCACAGUCAAUGGCUACCGCCAUGGCCAUCGCCAACACUUCAUCCCAGCUAUUCAAAAGAAGUCCUAAACUAAAAGCUAGGGACAAAGAAUCCGUCGACUCCCUGAGACAGGCUUCUAUUAGCCAGUCUGCAGGAGGCAGCAUUGGUCCAGUUUCGGAGGAAACAAAGCUUGCAGAAGACUCUACAUCGAUCCAUACUGGGGUAUUGCAGAAAUUGAGGCGCAAAAAGCAUCAGGGGUAUGCACGGAGGUUUUUUUGCCUAGACUACACCUCUUCAACUCUGUCCUACUACCGCGACCGUAACUCUUCGGCUCUACGAGGUGCCAUUCCCCUUUCUCUUGCUGCCAUUGCAGCCAACAGCAAAACCCGGGAGAUCUCGAUCGAUUCCGGGGCCGAACUCUGGCAUCUGAAGGCCAACAACGACGCAGAUUUUGAAGCAUGGAAGCAGGCUUUGGAGACCGCCACCCGACUCAUGCUAGAGGCCAAGUCGCCAGUCGACAACCUACGCCUGGAUACAAGCGAGCGCCACGAGGGCGAAAAGUCCACAUUUGAGGAUCAAGAAUGGGCGAGGCUGGAGACUCUGCUCAGCAGAAUUUCAGGCACUCGGGAUGCCGUACGCCGAUUGUGUUUAGAUACAUUGGCUCAACCAGUGCCACUACCUUCACCGAAACUCGGCGCGACUUCUACCAGUACCACGCCUACAGAGGGGCCAAAUGGAGAUGACUACUUCAGGCAAGACGAGAGACGGCCAUUUUGGAAGCGCAAGGUCAGUAUGACUAACACCCAGGCCAACAUCUUCAAGCGCAGUGUUUCCGCCCAGCUCGCUGUUCCGCUGCCGGGCGUUGAGCCGAUCCUGCGCAAUGGGACGCCGCCACCGCCUCCUUCGGCGCCUUCCACGUCGCGGCCAGUCAUCCAUCAUGAGGAAAGCAUGUAUGACCAUUGCCGAGCGUUACUCCAUGAUCUAGACGCGGUAGUCAGCGAGUUUUCUCUAUUGAUCGCGGAGAGCAAAGUCCGGCGUACGACUCCCCCAAAGUCGGCGGUUUCACGACUAAGCCUCCAGACCGUUGACUCGCAGGAGUAUUUUGACGCAGAAGACCAUCGACAUGUGCUCGAUAUCCACAGCGAUACAGAUCACGAGGCUGAAACAGCUGAGGAAGACGGAGGCUCCGCAACCAGCAGCGACGUUGGCGAAGACUCGAUUCCUGGACUGAGGCGCCGAUCAGGAAGCGUGUCUUCCUAUCUUCCUCCUCGAGCGAGGUCUUUAGCCCCGCUGCCGUUGGAUCCAGUUCCUCGACGGGACAACAUAGCAGCGCCAACGAUUAUGCCGCCGAGUCUGAUAGGCUUCCUUCGAAAGAAUGUGGGCAAAGACUUGUCGACGAUUUCGAUGCCCGUGUCGGCCAACGAACCCUUAUCCCUGUUGCAGCGUGCAGCGGAGCAACUGGAAUACUCACAGUUGCUGGAUAGCGCGAUCCGCUGCAGUGACGGGUUUGAGCGACUGAUGUAUGUGGCAGCAUUUGCCAUCUCAUCACUGUCGAAUGCGCGAGUCAAGGAACGAUCUAUCCGCAAGCCGUUCAACCCGAUGCUUGGCGAGACGUUUGAGCUGGUGCGCGAAGACCGUGGCUUCCGCUUGAUUUCGGAGAAGGUGUCGCAUCGUCCUGUGCAGCUUGCACUGCACGCUGAGUCGGAGCAUUGGACCUUCACACAGUCACCUAUGCCGUCGCAAAAGUUCUGGGGCAAGUCAUCGGAGAUCAUCAACGAAGGGAAGGCCCGACUGGUGCUUCACAGCACGGGCGAAGCAUUCAGCUGGUCGGCGGCUACGUGCUUCCUACGCAACAUCAUCGCGGGGGAGAAAUACGUCGAACCUACUGGGACCAUGACCAUUUACAAUGAGUCUGCUGGUCACAAGGCGGUGGUGUCAUUCAAAGCCAAAGGCAUGUUCUCGGGUCGCAGCGAAGACGUCGAAGUGCAAACCAUCGACGCGCAGGGCCAGGAAUUGUCUAUGGGCUUGAGCGGGACAUGGACCAACUCACUGCAGCUGAAAGAGCCGGGCAAACUGGGCCAGCGGUCCACCAUCUGGUCCGUGGGCCCGUUGGUGGAGAAUGCGCCUAAGCAUUACGGCAUGACGCUCUUUGCGGCUCAGCUAAAUGAAGUGACGCCGGUGGAACGAGGAAAGCUACCGCCCACCGAUAGUCGUCUCCGACCCGACCAGGUGGCAUUGGAAAACGGAGACCACGAGACGGCGGAACACCUGAAGAAUCAGCUGGAGGAGGCACAACGGGCACGGAGGAGGGAGAUGGAAGAGAGCGGCGAAGAGUGGAAACCGCGGUGGUUCUCGAGGGUGGAACUGGGCGACGAGGUAGUGUGGAGGUUACGGACGGGCAAAGAGGGAUACUGGGAGGAACGAAGUCGGGGAGAAUGGACAGGGGUGGUGCCGGUGCUACAAGUAUAG